CUACAUGUCUGAUAAGAGAGUGGAGGAUAGACUCUUCUGGGAGUUGCCAAGUGACUGUGGUGGUAUCUUCAGUAGUUAAAAAACAACCAAGCCAACCAAAAAAAAAAAAAUCCCUCUUACCUUGUGGAACCUCUCUGCAGAUCCUGCUUCCAUUAUAGAGCAUUCCUGCUGAUCAGUCUUAUCAUAGUAAAAAAGCCACCAAACCCAAGAAGCGAAUACACAGCUGUAUUUCAAUAACAAAACAACUCCACAACUUCAAGGAGGGGAAAACAGAGUUUUAGAUGGAUUAAAACUGAAUUACUGUAGGGGAGUAUAUUUCAGUCUGAAGCAGAGAGCCUGUCCAGGCCCCGUCUCCCUGUUGAUGCCCAGUACAGAGAAUAAAAGCUGGAAUUCUUCAUGAUGAGAAAUGCGGUAUCAACAUAAUCAAUCUAGCAGCAUUGCGUUGUAGCUGAAAACAUGCUUAAAUCCCAAGCCAUACAGGAAGACACAAUGGCAUCCCUUUCUUGCAUUGCUUUGAGGGCGGCGGCGGCAGCGGAGAGGAGAAUGGCAGUCGCGUAAGAAGAGGAGGAAGGGGAGGGUGGGCUGAGUCGCCUUGUGACUGGCUGUGGUUUCUGGGCUCUGGACUUUUGAACUGCGCUAAAGCAACACAAAGGCCUUUUUGCAAAUGUGCAAUCUGCCAAUCCGGGUGGUUUGCAGGGCUAAUGCCGAGUACAUGUCCCCAUCUGGCAAAGUACCCUUUAUUCAUGUGGGAAAUCAAGUCGUAUCUGAACUUGGGCCCAUAGUCCAGUUUGUAAAAGCCAAGGGCCAUUCUCUCAGUGAUGGGUUGGAUGAAGUCCAAAAAGCUGAGAUGAAAGCCUACAUGGAAUUAGUCAAUAAUAUGCUCUUGACAGCAGAGCUCUAUCUCCAAUGGUGUGAUGAUGUUACAGUAGAGGAGAUUACGCACCCAAGGUAUGGCUCCCCUUACCCGUGGCCUCUUAACCGCAUUUUGUCCUAUCAGAAGCAGUGGGAGGUAAGGCGAAAGAUGAAAGCCAUUGGAUGGGCUGGAAAGACACUCGAACAGGUGCUUGAAGACGUAGAUCAGUGUUGUCAGGCUCUCUCCCAGAGAUUAGGAACACAACCAUAUUUCUUCAAUAAGCAACCAACUGAAUUAGAUGCUCUGGUAUUUGGACAUCUGUUCACAAUCCUUACUACUCAACUAACCACUGAUGAACUCUCUGAAAAGGUGAAAAACUACAGUAACCUCACAGCCUUUUGUCGGCGAAUAGAGCAGCAGUACUUUGAGGGUCAUGAUAAAGACAGCUCCACCACUGUUGCAGCCCGCUCUGCCAAGAGGUCCUUACUGAGAUAAGCGUGGUGGUUGGUGGCUGGGGUGGAUUGCAUUUCAGUUUUGGGUUUUGUUGUUCAGUUAACCAAUUUUGAGAAUGGAAAUGUGUGUUCGCUUACUGAAGCUGCCAAAUCAUUCUGGAGCAAGAAAAAACUCUAAAUGCAGUUUUUUUGUGUUGUAGAAUAUACUGUGCACAUUUAACUUGAGAUGACUGUGUGGGCACUUCCCUUUUAAUAGCCUGUAUGUCACUUACUCUGAAGUGACCUUGGAAAAAUAUUGUAUCUGUAUUAAAAAAUAAAAUACUUUAAAAUGUG